GCGUAGAAAGAAGCAGCGGAUAAGGAGAAAACAGACGCCCGAGUCUUGAUAGUCCCUGAACUUCCUUCUCGACCUCCUCGUGAUUCUCCAGCCCGGUCCAAGUGGGAGGAAUCGCUUGGCUUUCUCUCACACCCCUUUUUCUUUCUUUCUUUCUUUCCCUCCAGGGGACGAAAGCGGAGGGCGCGCCACGCCGAGGGCUCCGGCUCCCGUCUCCGCCCCGCUCCGGAGUUUAUUUGGGUCCUCCGCAGUUUCGUCCUGGUGUGGGGGAAGAUGGAAGGCUACAAACUUUUCCUGGCCUUCCUCGCGUCCGCUUUGCUGCUCGGCUUCCUCUCCGUCGUCUUCGCCCUGCUCUGGGUCCUCCACUACCGCGAGGGGCUCGGCUGGAACGGGGGCUCGGCCGAGUUCAAUUGGCACCCGGUCCUCAUGAUCACGGGCUUCGUGUUCAUCCAAGGGAUCGCAAUUAUUGUAUACAGGUUACCAUGGACCUGGAAAUGCAGCAAAUUUUUGAUGAAAUUAAUCCAUGCUGGGUUACAUACCAUUGCUCUGACACUUGCUAUUAUUUCCCUGGUGGCUGUUUUUGAUUUCCAUAAUGCUCAAAAUAUUCCUAACAUGUACAGUCUACACAGCUGGAUUGGAUUGACUGCUGUAAUUCUUUAUGCUCUACAGCUUGUUUUAGGCUUUGUGGUCUUCCUACUUCCCUUUACUCCGACUUCUCUUCGGACAGCUCUUAUGCCAAUACACACAUAUUCAGGUCUUCUCAUCUUUGGAACAGUGAUUGCCACAGCCCUAAUGGGAAUUACAGAAAAACUUAUUUUUAGUCUGAAUAUAAUUCCCUAUCGCGAUUCCCCAAAAGAAGCUAUUUUUGUCAAUGUUCUGGGUGUCCUGAUUGUCGCCUAUGGGGCUGUAAUUAUGUGGAUGGCUACAAGGCCUCAUUGGAAGCGCCCACUCGAACACGUUUUCCAAACCCAUCAAAGAAUUGGAGAAGGAUUCAGUGAGGAGGACUGUCAUAAUCCAGAUUUGGAGAUCAGCAGUGAUGGAGCUGCUAGGAAAAGAAACCCCAAAUCUGAUGAAACUGGACAGAGAUCAACUAUGUAAAGAAAGUAUAUAACAAAAUUUGCAAUGAAGAAAAUUCUCUCUCCCUAUUUUCUCCCAGCUCUUCGACACGCUAUACUUUUCUUUAUUAAUAUUGUUAGAAUUUUCUGAAUAAAUGAGAAGAGUUAGUAAAGAGUUUAAUUUUAGAAGUAUCUUUGUUCAUAUGGUGCCACUAUGGUAACUUGUACUGUAUUUCUUGAUAAUUUGGGGGGGGAUCUGAAAUUAUCACCAGGUCAGCUACAUGAAAUGCUUUUUCAUUGUUAUUGACUGAUGGAAGAAGUACAAGAUGAACAAUUAGAUUUUAGAUAUUGGAAGAAAGUUAUGAAGAAAGGGAGGAGAACUCCACUGAAUAAAAUGGCUAAAACCCUUGAUAUUUCUUUAAUGUUGUUCAAACUUGUUUCCAUAACACAAUGGAACUUCUGGCCAUCUUGGAAAGCUGAAUGAUUGAUUCCACAAUUCAUUCACCUUCAUUUUCUCUUGACUUGUGAUGUUGCUUUCCAUUGGCAGUGGAGAAGAACUGUGUAUUCUGCAGUUCAAUAGUAUGAUUAUGGUGGCCAGAGAGAAGGAAGAGAGUGGAAAAGCAGGUGGUUGUGUGGAUGAUAAUUUGAUUACCCUGUCUAGCUUCUUUUUUCACAUAGGUGCCAGCUUCUCAUACAAACACAUCUUCUAGUAUCACAGAAAACUCAGACAUUAUUGCUAUAAGGCAAUCAGUAUUGUUUUUGUACAACCAUAUUUAAAUAAAUAUUGGCUUUAUACAGUAACUCCAUUAUUUGGAUUAAAUAUUAUGUUAGAGUAUUUACAGUUUGUUCAGAUUAUAAGGCAAUAUAAUGUAGGCUAGGCUAGACUAGACGACUAGACUAGACUAGACUAGACUAGACUGGAAGGAACCUUGGAGGUUAUCUAGUCCAGCCCUCUGUUCAAACAGGAGAACCUAUACUAUUUCAGAUAAGUGACUGACUAGACCAGGGGUGUCAAACUCGCAUUGCGACUUUUUUCUCCUUUGCUAAACUGGGCGUGGGUGUGGCCAACGCAUGACAUAUUCGGACCAUCGUCCGCGAGUUUGACAUCCCUGGUCUAGACUCUUCUUAAAAACAUCCAGUGAUGCAGCGCCCACGAUUUCUGGAGGCAAGCUGUUCCACUGCUAGGAAGUUUCUCUAGACCUAACUAAAUUAAAGCUGUGUUACUCUCAACUCUUACUCUUAAAGAAUGCCAUUUCAACAUGUACAUUCAGGAGUGUUGCAGGGAAAAAAAAUGAAUUAAUUUUUUUCAUGGAUAAUAGAUGGCCAGCAUUGUGUAUAUUUGGCAAAGAACAAGCCGCCUCUCUGAUCUCAUUUUCCUUAAUGAACAACUGAAGCUGUUGCAUUCUUCUAAAUUGAUGGCAGUUACUACAUAUUUUGAUAAGCUACUUAUUUUUAGGAGGAGGAAGAGCGUUUCCUUUAUGUAUAGAUUUCAACAAGCUUUCUUCAAAAAAACUAUACAGUAUUGAAAAUAAUUGGGACAUUCAACCUCCAUUUUAUGAGACGAUGCUGUGUUUUAGGAUUGUCCGAUUUGUAUGUUUUGAUUUGUCCGGUGUGCAAAAGAUCAGGUCCACAGUGGAGGUUCAAUUAAACUAAUUUAUUGCUAAAAGCCUAUUCACAGGAAUCUUCUUAGCUAACAUGUAAGAGUUAGAUAAGGGUUAACAGCAUUCAAGGGAGGGGGGAGGCUUGGACUUAGUUCUCUUGUGACUAUAUAGGGAUUCUAGACUGGUCCCCCUUUUUACUCUACUCCCAGUUUCUUCCAUCUCUUCUCCUACAUGCUUCUCCUUUUAGAGCGUCAGGUGACAUCAUUAAUCCUAAACCAGCCCUCCCUGUGUCACUGCCAGCUAUAUGCCAAAUCUGUAGUGUUUCCAUUUUUCCAAGGACAUUUAACACAAGCUUAUAUAGAGGAUUAAUGGCAUUUUAUUUUUGCUCUUCAUAACUUUAUUUAGAAAUUAUUGAAGCUAAAAAUGCCAUCUAUGUUUACUUUUUAGUUUAACAAUAAAAACUAGCUAGACCAGAGGUGUCAAACUCAAGGCCUGAAGGAUGGAUCUGGCCCAUGGGGCCACCCUGGAAACAGCAAAGGACCAGCCCACGGUGCCUCUGCCAGCUCCAUUUUUGAUGGCAGAGCGUUGCAGAAGGCCAUCACAGCCAAAAGCGGCACUCGCGAGGGCCAUUUUCACCGGCAGAGUGCUCGGGCCACCACAGGUUCCCCUGACACGAGUGACAUCGAGUUGGCCAUGCUUAUCCCGGUCCCCCGAGGUUAAGCACAACCAUGAUCCAGCCCUCAAUGAAAUUGAGUGUGACACCCCUGAGUUAGACUAUUGGAAGAACCCUUUAGCUAUUGUUAUAGAGGAUGUUACACAGAAUAAAAGACAAAACUUAAUCUUAUUCUAGGCAAUAUUGAGAAAAUGUAGUCAGCACAUCCUUGAUUACAUUUUGAAAAGAUCGUCUAAAUGUAUAUCUGGACAGUAUGGAAUGAAGUAUGUAAUUGGACUUUAGGGAAGCUAAUCCGAUUUUUGAAUUAUUGCAGUUCAUUUGGAAAAAAGAUCAAAACUACAGCAGCAAACUCAGAGCCUUAAAAAAAAAAAAACCCUCUUCUCAAUACUUUUAACUGACUUCCAAAAUCAGUUUGGCUUUUACUCUAAUUUGUAAUGUAAAUUAAAACAUUCGUUCUAGUGACAUCUCAGAAAAUUACUACUUAGUUUCUGAAAGAAAACAAGAAGAUAUUUCAUGUCAGUGUCCUUAUCCUGACUAGUCUGCUAUUGUGGACAGGAAAAGAAAGUGAGCAGUUAAAUCUGGCAACUUUCUGUGCCAGAAAUUGUCUUUUCUAUCCUGAUUUGCUGCUGGUUGCAGUGUUACUGUAAGUCAUUAUAAGAGUGAUCUUAGGAAACAGUGGCCCUUCCUCAAACUUGCUUUUCAGACAAGUUGGGAUUGCAGCUUCCAAAAUGAAGAAUAAUGAAUUGAUAUCUCAAUAUUAGGUGAGAACUGCUGUACUAUAGAUGAUAAGGCCCACCCCAAACAUCUUCAUAGCCAUUUUCUAUGUUAACGGCUUUAGAGAAGCCAAGGUUCUUCUCAGGAUAUUAACCUGAAUACUCAGUAGGGUAACGGUAGAAGGUGUAAAACUUGGCAAACUCCAAUGUCUACAGAAGACAGUGGAAAAGAAGAAUGUGCAUUAUGAUAGCCUUUAACCAAAGAUUGUCUUAUGGAGUGUUUCUCGACCUUGGUAACUUCUAUGAUGUAUGGACUUCAUCUCGAAUUCCCCAGCCAGCAUGCCACACAUCUUAAAAUUGCCAAGGCUGAAAAACACCAGUUUUCUAUAUCAGUGGCUGUAUGUGAUCCACAUUUCUAAAAGAAUGCAUGCUUUACUAUAUAUUAGAAUAAACAGUAUAAUUUUAAUAAAAAGUGAACUUGGAUAUUGCCAAUAUUACUGUAGAAAUAUUUGGAAAUCCAUUUGAAUAUGGGAUCAGUAGUACUUUGUAAAGUAAAAAAUUUUGUAACUAUUUUUAUAUUGCAAUAAAAACUAUUGAAGAAUC